AUGGCGUCCAUUGUUCUCUUGACAGUAAAGCAAACGGCUCAGACUAAAGUAAAACGGUGUCUGGGUUCACAUUUUAAGGAUCUCGCAGGUGGGAAUGCCCCGUCCGUGUUUUUGCUAUCGGGAAAUGAAAGUCUCUCCAGGGGUUUGGGUUUACGGUUCAUGUCCCAUGGGACUGCAGGUCGGUCUGCAGCCGGAUCAACCAGAACGGGAGCCUUGGCGCUCGGUGGUGCCGCGGCCGUUACAGCAGCCGUUGUGGGCUUCUUGGCCAACGCUAACCACUUCCAGCGAGCAGAGAUGGCCACCAAGAUCCCCCUAAAGUCCAAGGAGGAGGGGGACAUCGCAGAAAGAUGCAAGGGCUUCAUGUCUGCUCCGGUGACCGACAUCAGUGUGCUGGAGGAAAGGAAGAAUGAGAUGAGCACCAGGAUGGAGAUGAUGAUCAUGGAGACCCAGGCUGAGUUCUGUAAAGCCCUGGAGGAAGUGGACGGUGGGACAUUCAAAGUGGACAAAUGGCAAAGGAAGGAAGGUGGAGGAGGGAUCAGCUGUGUGAUGCAGGAUGGAAAGGUGUUUGAGAAAGCAGGGGUGAAUGUGUCUGUGGUUUUCGGGUAUCUGACCGAGGAGGCUGCAAAACAAAUGAGGAGCAGAGGGAAAGUCCUCAAAGGAAAGGAUGGUAAAUUGCCGUUUUGUGCAAUGGGUGUGAGCUCCGUCAUCCACCCCAGGAACCCCCACAUACCCACAGUGCACUUCAACUACAGAUACUUUGAAAUAGAGGAAGAGGACGGCUCCAAGCAGUGGUGGUUCGGCGGAGGGACAGAUCUAACCCCCGUUUAUAUUGAUAAAGAAGAUGCUUUUCAUUUCCACAACACACUGAAGAAAGCCUGCGACAAACACCACCCGAAGUACUACCCAGAGUUUAAAAAAUGGUGUGACAAGUACUUCUACGUCCGUCACAGAGGAGAGACUCGGGGGAUAGGAGGGAUCUUCUUUGAUGAUCUGGACUCCCCAAAUCAGGAGGAGGCGUUUAACUUUGUGAAGAGCUGCGCUCGAACCGUGGUGCCCUGUUAUCUUCCCAUCGUGAAAAAACAUCUUAAUGACUCCUUCACUCAAGAUGAGAAGGACUGGCAGCAGGUGCGGCGAGGAAGAUAUGUGGAGUUCAACCUUGUGUAUGAUAGAGGAGUGAAGUUCGGCCUUGCCACGCCUGGCUCCAGAAUUGAGAGCAUCCUAAUGUCCCUCCCCCUCACUGCCAGGUGGGAGUACAUGCACAAGCCUGUUAAAGGCUCCCGGGAGGCUGAGAUGCUGGAAGUGCUCCGAAACCCAAAGGAGUGGGUGUAAACUCUGCAGCCAUGAGGCAACACCAAGAAUCAACUUUGUGAUAUUUUUGUAAAGCUGUGACCUGUUUUACAAGAUAUGCUUUUGUAAGGAAAUAUCAGGUUUCAUCAGUUGUGUGUGGAGUCUUUAAAUUGCACUGUUAAUUUUUUGUUUUUCCAAAUCAGCCUUGUUGAAAGCUUUAAAAAUAAUAACACUGUUUUAAUAACGGAACUUUGUGCCAUUUGUCUCUGGUAGAAUCAGGACCACAUUACUUUCUUUAGAUCAACUCAAACUUAUUGAUUAGUCAUCAUAGCAAGCAUUUUUCUUAAUUUCAAAGAAUAAAUUUGCAAAUAAUGUAAAUUCCUCUUGUUAUUUAAUGAAGCACUAAAAUGGACGAGGACAAACUGAUUGUAUGUUAAACCACUGAUGUCCCAGUAACAAUAAAUCUACUUUUUACCCCA